CUCUUUACCCUCCCCCAUCUCUCUCUCUCUCUCUCUCUCUCACUCACACACACGCGCACACGUACUUACAGAUUUCGCCGCAAAGGAGAUCGCACGGAGCUCCCUUUCUCUCUCUCGCACACGCCAAGCACAACACACACGAAGGAGCUGGGUAAUGGCUGAAUCUACCAGGCAACGAUGAAAAUCACCGGUGGCAAAGUGGACCUUCAUGCAAUUCUCUCUUCCAAAACCCUAAACCCUUCACCAGAUUCAGAUCUUGUACAAAAACCCCUCUCUCGUAAACCACCUCGCCGGAAGACUAAGAGCCCCAGGGUUUCGGGCGCCGGAGUCCGGUUGAAGAGAGACGUCGGAGCUCCAACAGGUAGACGGAGCAGACCCGAAACUCCUUUGCUUCGUUGGAAGCUUGAUGAUGAGAGAGAGACAGAUAAGAGUGCUAGGGAGGAAAAGUUGUCCCCUGAGAGUGGUCGAAAAAAUGGGCGGAAAGCGAGUGCUGUGGUCUCUUCGAGGAAGCUCGCCGCCGGACUUUGGCGAUUGCAGUUGCCGGAGGAGCCGAACAAUGGUGGUGGUCAACGAUUAGGGUUUUCUCAGACUGGAGUUGGUCAUGCUGCUGUCCCCAUUCAUGGUCAUCGAAAAGGUAAAGCGCUUGAUUCUCAGGCGAAUGUUCCAAUACAGAGUCCUCAUUCAAUCUCUUGUCCCAGAAAUGGUUUUUUGUGCAAGGUUGAACCUUCAAAUCAGUUUUCUAACCCCAUAAUGGAGGGUGCAACAAAGUGGGACCCUAUGGGCUGGAAAAUAGCAGAGCAAGCAGAACUGAAUCAUGGUCACCCAAGGCUUCUUGACCAACAGGUGACUUCUGUCUCGGCGAUAUCUGCACUUCAGGCAGAACUGCAGCAGGCUCGAGCCUGUAUUCAUGAUCUUGAAACUGAACGACGGACAUCAAAGAAGAAGAUUGAGCAUUUCUUGAAAAAACUCAGUGAGGAAAGGACUGCAUGGCGGAGCAAAGAACACGAGAAAAUCCGUGCAAUUAUUGAUGACAUCAAAGCUGACUUGAGCAGAGAGAGGAAGAAUCGGCAAAGGAUGGAAAUAGUUAAUUCCAAGUUGGUCAAUGAGUUGGCAGAUGCCAAGUUAUCUGCAAAGCGAUAUCUGCAGGAUUAUGAAAAUGAGAGGAAAGCCAGAGAGGUGAUAGAGGAAGUGUGCCAUGAGCUUGCUAAGGAAAUUGGGGAGGGCAAGGCUGAAGUUGAAGCACUGAAUAGGGAAUCUAGGAAACUCCUGGAGGAAGUGGAAGAUGAGAGGAAGAUGUUGCAAAUGGCUGAGGUUUGGCGAGAAGAACGGGUUCAGAUGAAACUAGUUGAUGCAAAGGUGACACUUGAGGAAACGUAUUCUCAGAUGAACAGGCUAGUAGCAGAGCUUGAGACUUUUCUAAGUUCAAGAAGAGCAACUCCCGAUGUAGAGGAGAUGAAGAAAGCGGAGCUCCUUCGAGAGGCUGUCACUUCAUUGAAUAUUCAAGAUAUCAAGGAAUUUACUUAUGAUCCCCCUAAUCCAGAUGAUAUUUUCGCUGUUUUUGAAGAUGUUAAUUUUGGUGAACCCAAUAAUAGGGAGAUUGAGCCAUACGUGGCAUUCUGUCCUGCCAGCCAUGCCUCCAAAACUCUUACUGAAGGAAGCAUUCAGAGGCAUUCUAAUGCAUAUGUUGAUCAGAAUGGGGAUAUAGAAGAAGAUGAGAGUGGCUGGGAAACAGUGAGCCAUGGUGAGGAUCAGGGCUCAAGUUAUUCACCCGAUGGGAGUGACUCAUCUGUCAACAAUAUUCACCAGGACAGUAAUGUGUCAGGGACUGGAACAGAAUGGGAAGAACAUGCAGGUGAGGAAACACCAAUUACCGAAAUCAGUGAAGUAUGCUCAGUACCAACUAGGCAAUUGAAGAAGGUGUCAUCCAUAUCUCGGCUUUGGAGAUCAUGCCCAAGCAACGGUGAAAACUACAAGAUCAUCUCGUCAGAGGGAAAGAAUGGAAGGCUCUCACAUGAAAGACUUUCUAAUGGGGCCAUCAUUUCUCCAGAUAGGGGUUCAUUUAAUGGUGAACUUAGUCACCAAGAUUUAGUAGGAGAAUGGAGCUCACCUGACUUGGGGAAUCCACACAUAACGCGAGGGAUGAAAGGGUGCAUUGAAUGGCCGCGUGGCAUGCAGAGGAAUAGUCUGAAAGCCAAGCUUUUGGAGGCAAGGGUGGAAAGUCAAAAGGUACAGUUACGCCAAGUUUUAAAGCAGAAGAUUUAGAUUCAGUAAGAUAUCCAUGGCCAGGCUUGCUCUGCAAUGGUUCUAAUAAACCCAGACAGAAAUGAGCAGGUUCUUUCCCAACCUUCUAAGGUAUUCAUAUCCGGUCUAUUGUAUGAUUAGUUUCUUGGAAUUAAUGGUAGCCGGUUCUCCAUUUUAUUUCCACUAAUCAUAUGCUCUAACAAGAGCAUCGUAUUUGUAUCAUAACUUUUGUCCACCUCGUAGAAAUAAUGCCUUCAAACAAUCAGCUGGGUUAUUCUCUGUCACCAUCGACCAUGGUUUUGGUUGUUCAGAGUAUGUAGCACCCUGUUUACAAGGGAUAUAGACAGCCCUGUGUAUGACAUGUCUUUACAACACAAUAUCUUCAGUUCUAAUUGGGCUGUAAUGU